GCGGCGGCUCCGGGCGCGGCCGCUGGGGAAGUUCCCGGGGCCGGUGCGGGCUGGGAGCGCCGCGGGGCGCCCUGAUGGCCGCGAUCGGUGCCGGGGCCUUCGUGUGGGACGGGCAGCGCAUCGAGGAGGAGGAGCUGAGGCGGUCGGCGCAGGCGCUGCAGCAGCUCGAGGACCCCGGGGCGUUCCCGGAGCAGGAGCGGGGCUGGGAGCCGGUGAUGCAGCGGGAGCGGUUCCGCCUCUGGCGCCGCCCCAUCCCCGGCUCGGCCCUGUUCCAGUACCGAGUUUUUGGCUCCUACACCGACGUCACUCCCAGGCAAUUCUUCAACGUCCAGCUGGACACCGAGUACCGCAAGCAGUGGGAUUCGCUGGUGCUGAAGCUCGACGUGGUGGAGCGGGACCCGGCCACGGGAUCGGAGGGGAUCCACUGGGUCACGCAGUUCCCGUACCCGAUGUACUCCCGGGAUUACGUUUACGUCCGGCGCUACAGCGUCGACAGCGACCGCAACCUCAUGGUGCUCGUCUCCAGGGCUGUGGAGCAUCCCGGGAUUCCCGAGGACCCCGAGCACGUCCGGGUUCGGAGCUACGAAUCCCACAUGGUGAUCCGGCCCCACCGCGGCUUCGACGAGAACGGCUUCGAUUACCUGCUGACGUACAGCGACAACCCCCAGACCGUGUUCCCGCGCUACUGCCUCAGCUGGAUGGUGUCCAGCGGGAUGCCGGAGUUCCUGGAGAAGCUGCACUCGGCGGCGCUGAAGGCCAAGAAGAUGGAGCUGGAGCUGAGGGAUUACCUGAGCCCGGCCAAGAGCCCCGAGCCCCGCGGGGCCGCCCAGCACCUGGAGUACGCCUGAGGGAACGGCCGGAAAACAGCUGGAAAACAUCUGGAAAAUGGUGGGAAAACAGCAGGGAAACAUCUGGAAAAACGGUGGGAAAACAAAGGGGAAACGACCACAAAAUGGCGGAAAAACGAUCAGAAAAUGGCGGGGAAACGGCCACAAAAUGGCGGAAAGGAAGAAGGAAAAUGGCGGGAAAACGGCCACAAAAUGGCGGAAAAAAAUUCCUGGAAAAUCCCCAGGAAAACUUUGGGAAUGGAUGGGGAAAUGCCAGCAAUAAACUGGGGGAAAAAAACAAAAAAAAACUCUGGGGGGGUUGUCCCAGAAGCACUGGAAAUAAACUGGGAAAAAAAUCCUAAAAA